AUGGACGAGCUCCAGAAGAAGAUCGACGAGAGGGACGGGUCCCCGGAUCCCCAAGACAUACUGUCCACCCCGUUCAUGAGUGCUAUCAUGGAGGAACCCUUGCCCAAGGAUUUCCGUUUUCCCACCAUCAAGGUGUACUCGGGGACCACGGACCCGCGGUCGCACCUCACCAGGUACAGGGCCGCCAUGAUGAUCACCGGGGCUACCGACGCCAUCCUAUGCAGGGGGUUCUUCGCCACUCUGGACGGACAGGCACACGACUGGUUUGGGUCCCUCUCGGAGGGGUCCAUCUCUACCUUCACGGACCUCACCAAGCAGUUCCUGUCCCACUUCGCCACCAGCAUCCAAAGGAAGAAGCAAAUCGCCGACCUGUGCGACCUGAAACAAAAGAGCUCGGAGUUACUGGCCGACUACCUCAGUAAAUGGAAGAAGGAAGCCAUGGGGGUCGCCAAUUUCGAUGGUAAGUCGGCCAUGCCAAUUUUCAGGAACAAUUUGAGGUCGGAUGCUUUCCACCAGGACCUCAUCCGGUACCCUCCCAAGAACUAUACCGACCUGAUGGACAGGGCGGCCCGGUAUGCCGACGUCGAGGUCGCCGAGAAUAGGAAGGAGCAGGAGGAAGGGAGAGGUCGGAAGGACAAGGCCCCCCAGGAAGAGCGCGGCAGGGCACCUCGGCAGCACCACCGCGAAUAUGCCGAGGGGCCCAGGAUGCCUAAAAUCACAUGUCCAUGUUUAUAUUUUGUCAUGCUCUACUGGGUCUGUGAGAUUUGA